ACACAGCAUCUCUGCUCCUUCUCUAAGGACCCAUGGGGAGAUGUUGUCUGGUCCCAUCGCCUUUGAGGUAUCAAGGUCACUUAGCAACUUCUGCACCUCCUCCUCGGUUGUUGGAGGACGUGAGGUGUCAGGGCCGCUGCAGUGUCCGCCUCCCCGCAAGAAAUGCAUUACCGAGAAGAAGUUCAGAGAGCCAGUGCCCUGCAUCGAUGAUUCUUCCUGUAAGAAUCCAUGGGAGCUCUGCUGCUCGGACGCAUGUGUUAGUAAUUUUAAACUCUGCAAACCUGGUUACGUGAUAAAAUCUUUACCAAUUAAUGUCACGCGUGAGGGGGUUAAUCAAGUAGGGCUGCCUGAAAAGAAGAAUAGCACCAUUAGCGACAACAACAAGAACGAUACAGCUAAAAGAACAAUAUUAGAGACAGAGCUGCUUCCAAUCAACACAACUCUGAACACCUCGAUAACAGUAGCCACACCUGCAAAAGAGGAUGACCAAGUUCUUACGGAGAACAGCGGCUUUAUUAAGAGCAGCCAAAACAACACAACUGAAGGAAUAACAUCAGAAACUGAUCUGUUUCUUAUCAACACACUUCUCAACACCACGACCACAAUAGAGGGUGACCAAGUUUCUAGGGAGGAGAAAAGCGGCUUCAUCAAGAGCAACCAGAACGAUACGGCUGAAAGAAUAACAUUAGACACAUACUUGUUUCUUGCCAACGCAACUUUCAACACCUCCACAACCAAAAAAGAGGGUGACCAUGAUCCUAGGGAGAUCAGGGACUUAAUGAAAAGUAGCCAGAAUAAUGCAUCUGAAUGGAUAACGUUAGAGACAAAUGUUCUUAUUAACACAACUCUCAACAACACAGUCAUAAAAGAAGAUAACCGAGUAUCUAAGAAGAGCAGUGACUUUGGUAAGAGCAGCCAGAAUGAUACAAUUGAAGGAACAUUUCUAGAGACAGACCUGUUUCUUAUCAGUACAUUUCUCAACUCCUCCACACGUCCACCCACAAGAGAGAAUGACCAAGUACCAAGACUGGAAGCAGACUUACUGAUCAAUACAACUAGCUUCUCCUAAACACCUACACUAGGAAGAGUAUUUUUCAGUGUAUAUAGCCUGAAACUUUACUUUAAUCCUUAGCUCUAUUAAGGGUUAUAUUAUUGUCUCUCGAUCAUUUAUGUAAGAAAUAAAAUCAACCUAAUUAAAAGUAACUUGUUUGGGUAAAUAACCACUA